CCUAGAGCUUAUAAAGGUGUCCGCUCAGACAAGCAAAAUCGUCGAACGUCAACUGAUGCGGGCGUUAGGUAUGUGCCAUGCCGCGCAGGAAAAAGUUGAUUGCGGGUUGGCAGCCCACUUACAUGAUCUGCGCCUUUAGAUUUAUCUGCAGUGGCAUGUGCGGCAAUUCAUUGGGGCAUCCACUCUCGGCUUCACAACGAAUCCGAAUUCGUAUCCGCAGUACAACCACUGUCAAGAUUCUUGAAUUCAGCAUUACCAGCAUUCUCGUGAUUACUGGUGAGGAUGCAGUCAGAUGCGAAGGACUAUUUAUUGCCCGGUUUACCCGCGAACCUAUCAUAGCCGCACCACAAGGGCAAUCCUAGGAAUAAAAAUAAAUGGUACAAUACACACAUAAGAUGCUAUAAAUGGUCCACACCGCCCUUAUAAGGGAGGCUGCCAAUAGUAUCCGGUGAAAUGUCUCCUUGAUUGAUUCCUGAAUUUCCUAGAAUUAUUUUCGCUGCUGUGGUCUUAUCGUCUGCUUGCUUUUAUUGGUUUCUUUCCGCCUCUCUCCGAAGAGAUCUAUUAAAACCUUGGCUACGAGGGAUGAAAAAUAGAAUACCAUGCAAGAAGUCA